AUGGAUCGCAACUCGCUUUCAACGCAACUCCAGUCCAACUCAAGUCAGACCAAGUGUUUGAUCCAAUCGUUGUCUGACCAGUCAUUGAGUGGUAACCGUCAGAGCAAUCGCUUCAAUGGCAGCCGUCGUCGUCAUAACGAAGCCAUUCAUAAGAAUGUCACUCAAAGCACUCAAUCGGGCCGUCAGUCGUCCGCCCAAUGGAGAAGUGGUCGCUCCCGAGGCUCCGGUUCUGUGGCCGGUGUUGUCGACUGUGAUUUCUGGUCGGAUCACCUGAACGGUGACUCUACCGCACCAUUGAGUGAGAAAUUGGAUAAUAAGAAGACUUAUGGCUCAAAGAAACACAAUUUGAAUCAUUUGCUGAACUUUACGUUCGACUCGAGAGAUCAGAUCAGAUCCGGUGAUCAUCAAAGGGGUGGUCACCAGAGGAGAGGCCAUCACAGAGGCUAUAAUAAGGAGCACUUUCUUCAGGCCAACUGUCAGUUUGUGGUCAACGAUCUGAACGACUACUCAAUACAUCUGUCAAAUCCGGACACAAGUGUGGACUGGAAUUCGGUCGAAGAGAUCCGAUUCAACAGUUUAACCGCUGAGACCUAUUGUCCCAUUUGUUUGGACAGUCCGGUGGCCCCGAAGAUGACCCGUUGCGGGCACAUCUUCUGCUGGUCGUGUGCUUUGCAUUACUUGGCUCUAAGUGACCAGAAAUGGCGCAAAUGUCCCAUUUGUUUCGAUUGGAUCCAAUCCGAAGACUUGAGAACCGUUUCGUCUAUCAAUAAAAUCGACUACAAAAUCGGGGACUUUAUUACACUCUCACUAAUGAAGCGCAAGAAGGGCUCAACCGUCACGAGUCCCGCCAUUCUCUACGAUGUGAACCACAACUCGUUUGAGCCCUUAGACGGCGAUCCAGUGAUCAGCUCUUAUCGCAAAAUACUGAUCGCAUCACCGAAUCAAGUGUUGGAUCAGAUCAUUGAACGCGAGAGACAACAACUCUUGAAUCAAAUGAUUGUAGACAAAGACACGCCUGAAGUGUGCUUUAUUGAGAACGCUUUGGAUCAGCUGAAAGUCAGAGAAGAUAUGGUUCAACAGAGAUGUCAACUCAAUACUAUUGACGGCAGUUCUGCAGACACUGGUGUCGGCGAAGACAAUGUGGACAACCGUUCGGACGACGAUUACUAUUACUUCUAUCAGUCAGAAGACGGACAACACAUAUAUUUGCAUUCACUGAACGUUCGUAUACUGAAGCAAGAGUUCGGUUCUCUGGAGAGCUGUCCGCAUAAGAUAUGCGCCAAAAUAGUGGAAACAGAGUGGGAGUCCAUGUCUGAAGAGUUGCGAAAACGGCACCGAUAUCUGCAACACUUGCCGCUCACGUGUGAGUUCCGUAUCGUUGAACUUGAGUUCAAUAAUGAGCUCAUAUCGGAGGCCACACUCGAGCUCUUCCGCGCGGAAGUGAUGAAUAGACAACGGAUGCGAUCGAAACGAGCGCGAGAGGAGCGCCGACGCGAACGCCAUAUUCAGGUCGAGCAGAAUAAACGCAUUCACGGCAUAUAUCCUCGACCUAAGUAUAUGUUGGAUAAUAUGGAUCAGUUCCCCGUCUGCUCCCAAACACCCGACGCUCUCAAUCCAAACUCGGCCUUCAAUUUGUCGGAAUCGUCAACCGUUGAGGACGCGUCGCUUCAACCCAAUUACGGCACGAGUCCGGCCGCUGAACCCGAGUUUCCGUCCUUCGCAACAAUGCUUCGCGAAGGGAAGCAAAACUUCGCCCAAACAAUGACCGCAUCAAAGAAGGCAACCGUUAAUAGCAAAGAUUUGGCGACCAAUGAGUCGGACGACGAGUAUCAACGUCUGCCGACUGCACACUAUUCACUAAGCGAUGCGUUUGCGGCGGCCCUACAACUCCAACUCAGUACUGAUCCUCAAAACGAUGGCAAUAAAAAGGGUUCAAAGAAGAAGAAGAAUAAACCAAAGCUUUUGUUGAGCACUGGAAUGAAUCGCAAGUAUUAG